GCAUCGGAAGACACCCGUCUGUGCAGCAGCACCAUGUCAAAGCUCGUUUAACACCGGCGGAGACGUCGCCCCCUCGCGGGAGGCUGAUCAAACUUAACCCUCGCAUGUCCGAGCGCUGGUCGUGAGGGGAGCCCAGCCCCCGGGGGCGGGUGGGAUACAAGACGCGAUAGCGGCUCCCAGGGGAGCGAAGACACGGCCGCGAGACGUAACUGCUCACGACAUCCGGGUGCUAAUGGGUUAACAAGAGAACUCCGGCGGGUGCCGAGAGCCAGUUUGCCGGCUGUGCCCAAGCCAGUCUUAUCGUUGAAGGGGGGUAGGUUGGGGUGGAGAAGGGGACCCGACAAAGAAGCGCGCAGAGUUACCUCCCUGUUCUUCACCACGAUCUUCCUCCACUCGGCUUGUCCUUGUACUUUGGUGGAUACUCGACUCGCUUUUGGCCAAGAGGAAGAGUAAGGGGGGAAGGGAGCGUGAUUGACGGAAUACAACGCUUCUUCCAGCCAGCUUGACUCUUUGCUCUCUCUCUCUUCCUGUGAGUCUCGCACGCGCGGGCGCAGGCGCGCUGUCUCUCUCUCUCACUCGCUUUCUGCGUGGUUCCAGCCCAGCGCUACCCCCGAGACAGGUGUCUUCGCCGCUGGUGUCUGCUUUCCGUGGCCAGGAGUUAGCGGUGUCCUCUGCGCGACCAAAGACUUCGCUUCGCUCCGUCAAAGUGCCGCUGAAGACUUCCGUUUGCUCUGGCAAAGGACCGCCGAAGACUUUGAUUCCUUUUGUCAAAAGUGCCUCCAAGGACUUGGCUUCCCUUCUGUCCAACUCCCGCAUCACACUUCGUUUCUCUUCUGCAAAGUGGCACCAAGACUUGCAGAUUGCUGGAGCAGUCGACACACUGCAAACUCAUCUCCAUCCUGGUCUUUGCUGUGAAGUGAUGAGCGCACUAAGCCCCGCGUGAGGCCAGCAGGCCGUGAAAGCCCCCCUGACACCUCGUCACUCAGCCUCCUGGUGUAUGACAGGCGGGGCCGACGUGGGGGCGACGGCUGUGGGGUUGUUGCGCACGACCCCAGUGCUUGUGGGGGCAGGAGAGGAGGAGUUUCAUAGAGUGUCAUCCCUUGGACCAGGGCGGCGCCAUGGACCUCUGCUUGGAGCUGCUUCAUCUGCAGAUGCUGCUCCUCUCAGUCUACACAGUGUCAACGACCGUUGAGCCGACUUUUGACAUGCCAAGUGUCAACGUCACAGUGACAGAAAUGGAGACUGCCAUCCUACCAUGCUCUGUCAAGUUCUUAGGAAAUCACCAGAUCGUCUGGACUGACCACUCGUCAACCCUCCUCACAUUCGAGGACCGGCGCAUCAUCGACGAUGAGCGUCUGUCGGUGGAGCGGCCCUUCACCAAGGACUGGAACCUGCACAUCCGCCGCGUGCAGUACAAGGACCAGGGUGUGUACAGCUGUCAGAUCAACACCGUGCCGGUCAAGAUCAAAACCGUCAACUUGCGGGUGGAAGUUCCUGCUAAAAUCAUCGACUACUUGUCUUCCGAAGACAUAACCGUCCGCGAAAACGAAAAAGUAACGCUGGUCUGCAACGUCACUGGCGUCCCGCCCGCCGAAGUCACGUGGUACCGUCACCUGACGGACCGGAAAGGGAAGCAGAAACAGAGUGAGUUCUGCCCAGGCACAAAUCAGGUCGGAGUGAAUGGCGAGGUGCUGAUCAUCCACAACAUCACCCGCUACUGUGGCGACAGCUAUGAGUGUGUUGCUUACAACGGGUCCAUCGCUGUCAACCGCAUCAUCAAAGUGUCGGUGGAGUUUGCCCCAGAAAUCUACUUGCCCAACAAGCGGAUUGGUCAAGACUUGGGCAAAGAGACCAUCUUGGAAUGUACAGUAACGGCCUUUCCUCACGCUGUCAGUAUCUGGAUGAGACGAGCGGGUGAGCACCCAGUCGCAAAGUACCGCACGGAGGCCUACGAGGAGGACCACAACAUCAUCACCCUCAGUCUGCGGAUCUUCUCCAUCGAGAAGCAGGACUACGGCGAAUACACCUGCGUGGCGUCCAACAAGCUUGGCAAGGACUCGGAAUCCAUGAUCCUCUAUGGUGGGUCGUCUCACGAGAGGGGCAAAGCUCGCUUAAUAUUCUGCCAGCAUCAAGACCACCACCCUGCCCAGCACUACGACCACCCCCAGCGGACGAGUAAGCAGCUGGUGGUGCAGCAGCCCGAGUAUGUCGGGAUAUCCCCCUCUGGCGGGGGCGUCGUCGUCCCGCCGUCCAGCAGAGAUCAGCUGACAGGUCACGUGGAAACGUACCGACCCAUUACUUAUCCCACACCCGUGGAAACCCCAACAUCAGGUCCACGCUGGGAGUCCAACAAAGGCACAGGACAAUCAACAGGAUCUGCAUCAGCUGUCUCCCUCUCUGGACUUGUCGCCGCCAUAUUGGUGUUGGUCUGCUGGCUGAUCGUGACCUCGUGA